CGUUGCUUGCUGCGUCUCCGGCUACUGCCUGUCUCCUGGACGUCAUCUUCAUACUCCCUCCGUUCCUUUUCUUUCACCCGCUUUCGUGAUCAAUCGCCUUUCUUUUUAUACUUCUCGCCGGUCGCUCAAUCUCAUCUUUCACCAUGGCUGAUAUGCCCAUUGUGCUCGACGGAGGAACUGGUUUCCUCAAAGUCGGAUAUGCUGCGCAAAACUUCCCCGAGCACCAGUUCCCCUCGAUAGUGGGGCGGCCGAUACUGCGGACGGAGGAGCAAGCAGGCGACAUUGUCGUCAAGGAUAUCAUGUGCGGAGAUGAAGCCGCUGCCGCCAGAUCAAUGCUUCAAAUCACCUAUCCCAUGGAGAACGGAAUCGUGAAGAGAUGGGACGAUAUGCAACAUCUAUGGAACUACACUUUCUACGAGAAGAUGAAGAUCGAUCCUACUGGCCGCAAGAUCCUCCUCACCGAGCCCCCCAUGAACCCCCUCAAGAACCGGGAGCAGAUGGCUGAGGUCAUGCUGGAAGGCUACAACUUUGGUGGCGUAUACGUCGCGAUCCAAGCCGUACUUGCACUAUAUGCGCAGGGUCUUAGCAGUGGUGUCGUGGUCGACUCCGGAGACGGUGUAACUCACAUCAUUCCCGUCUACGAAUCUACCGUUCUGAACCACCACAUCCGCCGACUGGACGUUGCUGGUCGCGAUGUGACCCGCAAUCUCAUUGCCCUUCUUCUCCGCCGUGGUUACGCCCUCAACCGCACGGCCGACUUUGAGACCGUGCGCCAGAUUAAGGAGAAGCUCUGCUACGUUUCCUACGAUCUGGAACUAGACAAGAAGCUUUCCGAAGAUACAACCGUCUUGGUUGAAUCCUACACCCUCCCCGAUGGUCGUGUCAUUCGCGUGGGAAGCGAGCGAUUCGAGGCUCCUGAGUGUCUUUUCCAGCCGCACUUGGUAGAUGUCGACCAACCCGGUAUUGCUGAACUGCUGUUCAACACGAUUCAGGGUGCCGAUGUCGAUGUGCGCUCCAGUCUCUACAAGGCUAUCGUGCUCAGUGGUGGAAGCAGCAUGUACCCCGGUCUGCCCUCGCGACUGGAGAAGGAGCUUAAGCAACUGUGGCUCACUCGGGUGCUGCAAGGAAACCCGGAGAGACUGAACAAAUUCAAGGUCCGCAUCGAGGACCCGCCCCGACGGAGACACAUGGUCUUCCUUGGUGGUGCCGUGCUGGCCAACUUGAUCGCCGACAAGGAGGAUAUGUGGGUCACCAAGCAAGAAUGGCAAGAACAGGGUGCACGUGCCCUCGCGAAACUCGGCCCUAGAUAAGUCUAGUUUACUACUUCCACCCUCUAGUACCAGUACAUACAUACCAACCUACCUGCCAUAUCUUGAUUUCACAACGACUUUCUCCUUGCCGAUAAAAUUCAAUCCUCGCAAAAUGUCAGCCAGAUGAUUCUCUGUCCAAGGUAUAUUCCCAUUUACCCACUCCCUUGCGGUCAUAUCUCGCGCUCAACCAUACACACUUCAACGAACCUUUACUUAAUCUUUGCUCUGUAUGUUCUUUGGCCAAGUGGCCAGCUGGUGUAGAGGUAGACGACCCGAGGUCAGGAUUAAGUUAACUGACUUAAACCAAUUGUGGUCAAUGAAGAGAUUUCUUUCUUUCCUCCCACUAGUGUCAUAAAAGUUUGCGAGUUC